UAAAUUAGUCUAUCAAGUACACCCUCUACCUGAUCAAAUUUUGGAUUAUGUAUGGGAUUAUGGUGUCCUCAAACCUGAAGAAGAAAGGCCUACGUCAAAAUCAUGGUGGAAAGUCACACCCGAUAUUUGUGGAUUUGCUUUGAAAUUCAUUUGUAUGGUUGAAGAAUCAUAUAAAGUCAGCUUGUGCGAUGUAAAAGAGCAAUAA